AUCUCCAUUCAAGAUGAGACCCGAUGAACACAAGAAAAAGAGAAGUAGCCAGUACAAAAAGAGCCAUCCCAAAGUUGCUAAUAAAAAGAACCAUGGUCAAGAUGUGAUAACAGGAAAUAAAGGCGAAAGAAACCCAAAAAUUCAAGCACAACAUGGGUCACUACCUGUUGUUGACAAAUUGAUUGGAGGUGCUGAUAUACAUGUAGUUGAGAACAAACAUGAGUACCCUAAGAGAACAAUCCAAAGAAAAAUUGAAAGCAGUUGGAAUAGCUAUGAAAUUGAGGAGGAUGACCCUGUUAGUGAUGGGUUAAGGGGUACAGACUUUCAGAUUUUAAUAAGUGCUAAUGAUAGUUCAGAUUCCCAGUUUCGUUUGAAAGAUGAGAAAGACUGGGAAGAAGAGGAAGGGAUAGCGUGCAUUGCCAUUGACUGUAAUAACAUAGCAGCUGCUUUACAAUGUGUACCACUAUAUAAGAGACUAAACAUUGAAAAGUCAUUGUUUGAGGAGGAACAGCUGAAACAAAUUGAAGAAAGUGCACGCUUGAAUGCUGACUUAUACAAACAAGACAAUAAUUUCAGACCAAGUGUUGCAUCACAGAGGACUGAAACGUUAAAUAUAAAAGACAAUGCUCCAGGUUUAAAUUUACAACAAAAAGAUAAAAUUUAUGCUAAAACAACAGCAACAGGAAAUGAUUGUCCCAUUCCAGAUAACAAUACAAAAAUCUCAAGUGAAAAUCUGGAAGAGGACUUAGAUUACUUGUUAUCUUUAGAUGUGCCAAAUAAAACAGACCAGACUUUACACAAGGAUGGAACAAAGUGUGAAGAUGGCACAAAUUUGGAGGACUGGUUAGACAGCGUACUAGACGAUUAGGCCAGCUGGCACUCACCUCACUCAGAAUCAGUAGUGUCUUAAAAGUCAACAGUGGUGCCAAAAAAUCAAACUUUUUAUGAAUUGAAGAAUUGUUAACAUUCAGUCCAAUAAGAAAUUAGACUUGUUAAGUUUAUCAAAACACCAAUACUCUAGCUAAAAACUCCCCAGUGUGUUCUCCGAGACAAACUGUGCUGGUUCCUGUCAUGCAUGGUAUAUAUAUAUAUAAAUCUGUAGAAAAAUAUACACUGUCUAGGCAAUGUUCCUUUGUAGACUGGGAUGUUUAAGGGAAAAAUUUAAUACAGACACAGCUGACCAUGACUUGAACUUUUAUUUCAAUAAGGCAGGUGGGAAGUUGAUGAAUUUAUUGCUUCACAUUUUACAGAUUUUACUGGAUUCAUGAAAAAAGUUACAAAAUUUGUCAGUGAUAAAAUACCCCUAGGAACUUUCAAAGCAAGCAAUUAAGUGCAUAGAUAUCAUCAAAUCAGUUGAAAUUUGCUUCAACUGCAGCAUAAUGUAUACUUUUAUGUAAAAUAAAUAUAUCAUAUCUCUUCUUCUUAUUUGAUGUAUAGACAAGAGGUAAUACAUGUACUGAAAUAUCAUUUUUUUUUUUUUGCGUGUGAGUGACAACAUCCUCUACAAAUAGAUUUAAUCGAAUAACUAACAAUCCAGAAUAAA